GGUUACCGACACGAGGGAUUGUUAGCACCAAUAUUGCUCAUAUAAGUGUAUUUAAAUGUCGAUAGACAUGUAUAAAGUAAAGUCACAAUGUAAGAAGUGUUUACCAAAUCUUUCUUCAAAGAUUUGUUUAUUGCUUAUGUGAAUAUCGCUUUGCCUUCCUUUUCAUUACUUCAUUCAUCACUUUGUUCUCCAGAAUAUGGGAAUUAUGGAUAUUUAUCAUUACUUUAAUACUGAAAUUUCAGAUCCUAGAGUUUCUGAUUGGCCCUUGAUGUCAAAUCCAUUUGGCAUAACAUUGAUUUUACUCGCUUAUUUAUCUUUUGUGCUUUAUUUUGGACCGCUUUACAUGAACGACAGAAAACCUCACGCGCUCAUCAAGACUAUGAUAUGUUAUAAUAUUUCUGUUUCAAUUGGAAGCGCCGUUAUAUUCUAUGGCGUACUCACAUCUGGCUAUACAACGCAUCUUUCUACGGGGUGUGAACCUUUUGUUAUUUCAGAUGAUCCUAUGUCGCUUAGCAUGGCUCGGUGGGUAUGGUGGCUUUUUAUUAUGAAAUUAAUCGAGCUUGUAGAUACUGUUAUCUUUGUUCUAAGGAAAAAGUAUAAUCAAAUAUCAUUCCUUCAUGUAUAUCAUCACGCAAUAACUGCCUUUUCGGCGUGGCUUUCCUGUAAAUAUGCACCUGGUGGCAUGUGGACCUUCGUAAUAUUACCUAAUUGCGCAGUGCACGUAAUUAUGUAUAUGUAUUAUCUUUGUGCUUGUUUGGGAUCUAAAAUGCAGAAAAUAAUUAGUCCUUGGAAAAAAUAUAUAACUCGUUUGCAACUGAUCCAACUUGUUAUUAUGUCGGUCCAUACGUUCCAAGCGCUUCUACCGUCUUGCGAACCUACGCGGAAACCAUUAGCAUACUUUUACAUGGUUCAAAUUGUCAUCAUGUUCUACAUGUUCAUAGACUACUAUAGAAAGUCGUACUUGCGAAAAAAGAUUGAGUAAAUAUCAAAAGUAAUGUCUUACAAUAACGCAAUAUAAUUAUAGCCCCAGAUAUGGAAAAUUCAUUCUACAUUGGAUUUGAAUAAAUGUCGGCAUGUGAAUAAACA